AUAAAUUUGUUAUUUAUUUAUUUUGUACAAAAUCGUUCAAUUGUUCGUUAGAUAUUUUUAUUAACUUUUAAUCAAUAACCUAAGUUUCCUCUAAAUUACAUUUUCCAUAUAUUUCACGAGUCCCGGUGGUACUAAACAAAAUUAUCAUCAAUGACUUCUGCUGCAAGAUCGACCAUGAUCGAAACACAACGUUGUUUUCUGAAGUUCAUUGGAAAAUGUACAUCACGCCGUCACUGUCGAAGUAUUUCGAAAAUGCCGACUGACGAUGGGAAAGUCAAGAACAAAGAGUGCAGCGAAAAUGACCAAAACCCAGAACCAGCAUCAGACUCCAAUGACACGAAGAAUUCCAAAUUCAAGGAGUACGAUUGCUUUUUGCCAGAUCGAAAAGGUGACGUACAAGUUUGUAUAAUCGGAGGAGGCGAGACAUCGAUUUACACGGCUGUUCUUUUAAAGCAAUCUCGAAUGAUAAAACACGUGCAUCUGGUGGACGCACAAAACUCGAUGGCUGGUGCAGUUUUGGAUGCAAGUCAUAUCGACACGUCUACCCGUAUAAAGUACUUUAAGAGGAAGAAUAUAAAACAUGCCCUCAAGGAAACGAAUAUUAUCGCGCUGAUGGAUGAAAGGGAUCCAAAUACGAUAGAUUCAAAUCUUCCUGCUCAGUUUGAGGCUCUGACGGCGUACACGUGCGAAAUGGCCGAGCAAAUGGUAACAGUCAGCUCGGACGCUUUGGUAGCCGUUUUUGCUCGACCAGUCACAACAACGCUUCCAAUGGUCUCCGAGAUCUAUAAACUCGCCGGAUGGUGGGAUCCAGACAGGAUCAUCGGCUCCACCUCUCACGAACGCAUGCGAAUGGAGGCAACGACUGCCAAUCUCUUAAAUCUGAAUCCUGCAUUCCUAUCAAUCCCCAUGGUCGGUGGGGCAGAUCCGUAUACCAUUGUUCCGCUUUUAUCGCAAGCUUGUCCAAUCAACCGAUUCACCAAUACGCAACACGACAUGCUGAUGCGAUCCCUGCGCGACUCGGACAAAGAGAUGGCGAACAUCGAAUCCAGGGGACCGACAUUGUCAGCUGGAGCAGCCGCUGCUAAGUUAAUUCUCGCCCUUGCCGGUGGACUUGGCGGAUUUGCAAACGUCGUCAACUACGCUUACGUGCGAUCAAACGUGAUGCCAGGCUGUCGAUUUUUUACCAGCAAGUUACAUUUCGGCCCAGGUGGCGUACAGAAAAAUUUCGGCCUGCCAAAAAUGUCGCCAGCGGAAAUAGCGCACCUCGAACAAGCGAUCCCGUUCAUUAACCAGUACACUGAAAUGGCAAUGAAAGCGGCUUUCGGACGUAGAAGCGUCAAGCUAAAAUGUGAAUAAACAGCGCGCCAACGGAGAAUACAUAUUUCCUUCACGAUUUGAUCGCCUAUAUCAUGCAACUGGCGUUUGCGAUGUGUUCAUAGAUUAUUCAAUCUAUAAAUAUCGAAACA